AUGAGACUGAACCCAGAGAAAUAUACUUUCGGGGUGCAGGCCGGGAAGUUCCUCGGGCUUAUGUUGACAAACCGGGGGAUCGAGGAAAAUUCGGAUAAGUGUCAAGCAGUCCUUGAUAUGAGAAGCCCCACUUCCAAGACUGAGGUCCAACAAUUGACGGGAAGGUUGGCAGCCUUAUCCCGGAUCCUAUCUUGCGCAGACGACAAAGCCAUUCACUUCUUUGCAACAAUUCAUAAGGCCGAGGAGUUCGAGUGGACACCAGCUUGUGAGGAGGCAUUCCUUGCCGUUAAAUAUUUCUUAUCAUCUCCACCAAUCCUGACCAAACCCAAAGAGAAUUCCCCUCUGGUACUAUACCUCGCAUUAACCGACAAUGCCAUGAGUUCGAUUCUAGUACAAGAUGGUGCAGAGGGGAGAGACCCGUGUACUACGUCAGUAAGAACCAGCAUCAAGUCUAGGGCCCUAGCCGAUUUUGUGGUUGAAUUGAGCACCCCGGGGUCUAGCGAAGACAUCCCCGGUUGGGUCCUUCAUGUAGACGGUUCGUCAAAUCUAAAAGGCAGUGGAGCUGGGAUAGUGCUCGAGGGACCCCGAGACUUCAUCUUAGAGUACUCUCUGUGUUUCAAAUUCAAGGCUAGCAACAACCAGGCAGAGUAUGAGGCGCUCAUUGCUGGGAUGAGACUCGCCGAGGAGGUGGGUGUCACCCAUCUAACCGUGAAGACGGACUCUCAAUUGGUAGCGUCACAAGUAAAAGGGGAGUACCAGACAAAAUAUGAUUCAUUACCAAAGUAUUUGGCGAGGACCCACGAGCUGGCUCAGAGGUUCACUGAGUUCAUAAUUGUACACAUUCCUCGUGAAGAGAACGUUCGAGCAGAUAUAUUCGCACGGCUAGAAAGUACCAAGGCUCCCGGUUUAAACAAAAUGGUGAUUCAAGAAGUGAUUGAAAAGCCAAGUAUUGAGCGGCAGGAAGUCAUGCCCGUAGAACAACAGGAAGGCUGGAUGACCCCUAUAAUUCAAUACCUGACUUCCGGGGACUUGCCCGGAGACCCCGACCAAGCAUUGAGGAUCAGAAAAACCGCAGUCUGGUACACUAUAGUCGGUGGGAAGCUCUACAGAAUGGGUCGUUCAUCCCCAAUGUUGAGAUGUGUGGCUGAAGAGGAUGUCAAGCUAAUCAUGAUGGAGGUGCACGAGGGAGCGUGUGGUUCACACAUAGCAGGAAGAUCUCUGGCAAGUAAGAUCCUUUGA